UCUCGCGCGAAUACACACGAGCAAACGAGGCAAGCCAAGCAUGGAAGACGACGAUAGUGAUGGUGGUGAUGGCGCACCCGUGCAUGGUGGCGAUGAAGACGAAGAGGAGGAGGAGGUGCAACACGGAUGCGGGGGAGAGGAACAGAAGCGUGGGGUGUGCCCAGGAGAGGAUGGAGAGGGAGGAGACACAGCAGUGGCGAAGCGAGCAAAGGUGACCACGGCCAAUCACACAACAACGACAACAUUACCAUCACUAUCAUCGGCGUCGGCUUUGGGUGCACCAUGCGCGGCCCUCGAGCGUGCUGGAAGCUCGGUGACGGGGCGGCUGGCGUACGGCCGGAACAAGACGGUGAAAGGCGUGGACCACGAGAAGGUCAUGGCGACCAUCCUGGCGACCUCGGGGUCAUCGGCGUAUAUGAAGCGGUUACAGGAACGGUCCGCGCGGACGGUCCGCAGCAUCGCCAGCAAGACACAGCGGUGGGAGGCGGCAACACCGCGGGAGCGCAGGCGAGCGGCCGCCGUCGCGGAGGAGGCUGUGCGCGAGGCCCAGGAGCGGCUCACGUUCUCGCGUGUGUAUGUGCAUUGCGAUAUGGAUGCGUUCUACGCCUCUGUUGAGGAGCGUGACAACCCGGAUCUCAAGGGGAAGCCAAUGGCAGUUGGCGGCAUGAAGAUGCUGACCACAGCCAACUAUGAGGCGCGCAAGUAUGGCGUGCGCUCCGCCAUGCCAGGAUACAUCGGCAAGGCGCUGUGUCCUCAUCUCAUCCUCAUCAAGCCGCGCUUCCCCGUGUACAAGAGCGUCUCUGCCAUCUUCAAGUCAAUUCUUCGCGACUACGAUCCAGAUUUCCUCUCCGGGGGUCUGGAUGAGGCGUCACUUGAUAUCACCGAUUGCGUUCAGCGCAGAAUGGACCGCGACCUCUCGCUGACGCGUGAGGCGACGGCGUGUGCGCUUGUGGAGGAGAUGAGAGCGCGCAUAUUGGCCGCCACCAACUUGACGGCUUCAGCAGGAAUCGCGUGCACGCGCAGACUCGCAAAGACGUGCUCAGACUGGAAGAAGCCCAACGGCCAGUACUUCCUUCCCUUCACUCUUGACAGCGUGACGGCGUUUCUUCGCCCGCUGCCCAUACGAAAACUCUCGGGCAUUGGCAACGUGACGGAGGAGCUAUUGCGCGGUCUUGGCGUCGAGACGGUGGCAGGCAUGUUGGAGCAGAGGGCGAAGCUGCAGCUGCUGUUUCGUCCACGAACGUUCCAGUUCUUUAUGCACGUCGCACACGGCGUCUCUGUCCCGCGCACUCGCACGCGCGAGCGGAAGAGCAUCAGCACAGAGCGCACGUUUGACGCGACGUCGAGCCGUGUGCAGCUGCUGUCCAUUCUCAAUCGCAUCUGUUCCAAGUUGACCGCCGAGAUGCAAGAGAAGCAACUGGCUGGGCGGUGCUUGACGUUGAAGGUGAAGCUUGCGACGUUUCACGUGCUGCAGCGGAGUGUAACGCUCCCGACGCCAAUCGCCGAUUCGUCCGUUCUCUUUGCACAGAUGCGCGCCAUCAUGGCCCGCGAACUCGAGGCUGCGUCGCCAUCGCCAUCGCGGAUGCCUGCUGUGAGAUUGCUCGGUGUUCGCGUGUCGUCGUUGACAUUCGGGCGAAACCGCGCAACCGUCUUGGACCGGUUCGUGACGAGGCGGGGCAAUGGUGGUGGUGAUGAUGAUGGUAGUGAUGGUGACUGUGACAAGCAAGGGAUGGACGAGAACGAACACAGUGCAAGCCGACAAGACGCCGUUGACACAUCCAGCAGGGGCAUGACAGCGGUGGACGAAGAUGAUGGUGAUGGUGAUGAUGGUGAUGAUGGUGAUGAGGAUGACAUGAUGCCUGGCUUGUUUAACGAUGAGGUGACAGAUAUGGCGAUGAUGGGCGAUGAUGAUGGUGAUGUUGAUGGCGCCAUGGAUGAUGGCGACGAUGGUUUCGCGUUUUCAGACGUCCCACCGCCAGCACGACCACUACCAGCAGCAUCACAUGAUGAGAUUGGCAAUGGCAACAGUAUUCGCGGCCAUGACAGUGACAAUGACGAUGAUGACGAUGAUGAAGUUGUGGUGGUUGAGGCACAAACUCCGUUGCGCGACGCAUCGUGUCACCUCGCGAUAGCACCUACAGGCGCUGCUUCGACAAUCCCCAAGUCUGCGGGCUCGCCUCUCUGUCCCGUGUGUGGGCGCCACUUACCGACGGAGAACGCAGCGCUCAACACACACGUGGACGAGUGUUUGAACCGGCACCUGCUUUCGUCCAUCGCAACUCCCGAUACACACGACAUGCACAAUACAGCAGCAGCACCUACAACAACAACAACUACAACAGUAUCAGCAGCAACAACAACAUCAGUAGCAGCGAGAGGCACAGUUGAAGCGACAGCACCAACAGCAACCGGCACACCUCGACCCACAUCUACACCAGCACCUUCGUCGUCAUUCUCAUCGUUGCAGCUGUUCUCGUCAUCGAACAAGAAGCCACCAGGGCAGCAAAGGGCCUCCAGCAAGAAGAAGAAGAAGAGGAGGAAACAGACGAUGCAGAAGCAAACUGCAACAAGUGCCGUUGACAUUCGACACGCACUGAGCAGAGCAGCCCAGCGAUGGUCGUAGUGGUGGAUGCUGUCGUGUCGUGCGUGUGCGUGUGUUCGGGCAAGAAC